GGUCUCUUUUUCUCUUCAGUAAGGAGUCUGUAGGCUGACGCUUUGGAACUGCGUGACUGUCUUCAAAUGUCUAGCAUCUGUGGAUAACUUUUUCCUGAAAUUGGUGGUCCGGAGUGAUGAUUUUCUCUUUCUAUAAUUUCUUCUCUAUUUAUUAGUUGGUAUUCUUCUCUAAAGAAGAGCUUUCUCCUCCGUCUCUCUCCCUUUGAAUUAUAACCUGUCGCUACCUGUGUGAUCUUGGAUAAGUCACGUCACUUACCCCUCGGGGGUAAGACGCCCCGUUGACGCAUCCUCAAGCUGAGAUGGACUAAAGGUCGCAUUCUUGAAUUUUAGUCCGCCGGAGACGAAAUUCCCGUGAAGAUCUCGGCAUCUGACAAACAGGCCAGGUCACAGCAUCCGCCGGGGGCGUCCCAGGUCCUCUCCGACCCCGCAGACCCUCCCAUGGCAACAGUAACUAGUAACCUCCGGGCGUUCUCGCGAGAGCGGGCCCCUUCAGGGACAGAGGUGCGGUCCCCCGGGCCGCCUCGCCUGCGUCGACUCCCGCUCCUACCACCUGCUCGCCGGGCUCUCCCGCGCACGCGCGCACACGGAGCCGGACAGUUGGGUCCUAAGUUCCUCUCGGCGCUCAGACCCGCGGCGCGCGACCCUGGCGCGACACUGCGGCGCAAACGCCGUGCGCGGGAGGGGCGGGUAGGGGCGCGCAGGCGCCGCGGGGAGCGUGAGGCCGCGCAGGCGCGGACGGCGUUGGUUUGAAGAAGACCUUCAGCGUUGCCCUGGCAGAGCGGAGCCAGGCCCUCUAGUUGGAGCAGUGCAUUUCCCAUCAGAAUCACGGGCCUGAAAAAGUAAGCUUGAACUAGGCAGAAUUGAGAUCACUUAGUAAACUAAACCGGCUACACUUUUGCAAAGUGUCUUUGAAAAAAUAGAGCAAAAUGCUAAAAGACUGUCGUCAGAUGGAUGUUUCUAAACAAUAUGUGUAACACGCCGACUUACUGUGACCUAGGAAAGGCCGCGAAGGAUGUCUUCAAUAAAGGAUAUGGAUUUGGCAUGGUCAAAAUAGAUCUGAAAACCAAGUCCUGUAGUGGAGUGAUGGAAUUUUCUACUUCUGGUCAUGCCUACACUGAUACAGGGAAAGCGUCAGGCAACCUAGAGACCAAAUAUAAGGUCUGUAACUAUGGACUUACCUUCACUCAGAAAUGGAAUACAGACAAUACUCUUGGAACAGAAAUCUCUUUGGAGAAUAAGUUGGCUGAAGGGUUGAAACUGACUCUUGAUACCAUAUUUGUACCGAACACAGGAAAGAAGAGUGGAAAAUUGAAGGCCUCGUAUAAACGGGAUUGUUUCAGUCUUGGCAGUAACGUUGAUAUUGAUUUUUCUGGACCAACCAUCUAUGGCUGGGCUGUGUUAGCUUUUGAAGGUUGGCUUGCUGGCUAUCAGAUGAGUUUUGACACAGCCAAAUCCAAACUGUCACAGAAUAAUUUCGCCCUGGGUUACAAGGCUGCGGACUUCCAGCUGCACACUCAUGUGAAUGAUGGCACUGAAUUUGGAGGGUCUAUCUACCAGAAGGUUAACGAGAAGAUAGAAACGUCAAUAAACCUUGCUUGGACGGCCGGCAGUAACAACACCCGUUUCGGCAUCGCUGCUAAAUACAAGCUGGACUAUAGAACUUCUCUGUCUGCUAAAGUAAAUAAUGCCAGCCUGAUCGGACUGGGUUAUACUCAGACCCUUCGACCGGGCGUCAAACUGACCCUGUCAGCUUUAAUCGACGGAAAGAACUUCAAUGCAGGAGGUCACAAGGUUGGGUUGGGAUUUGAACUAGAAGCUUAACGUGGUUUUGAAUAAAGCAUCCGAUUUGUCCCUGGAGGUGAAGAGAACCCACUAUGUUUUGGCCUUAAAAUUCUUCUGUGAAAUUUCAAAAGUGUGAACUUUUUAUUCUUCCAAAGAAUUGUAAUCCUCCCCACACUGAAGUCUAGAGAUCGCAAGUCCAUCCAAAGGGAGGUACUUGAAGGCAUGCCUGGAAGUUGUCAUGUUUGUGCCACAUUUCAGUUGAGUUCCGCAGUGUUAUUUUUAAUGUGUUCCUCAGCGACAGUGUAGUGUCAUGUUACAAAGGAAAUGACCCGGUCCUCCAGUACAUCACGUCCUGCAUGUCCCACGCCACUUUUUCAUGACCUUUUAAUAUAUUGGUCUCUGUGCUGUAGUGGAAUCUUUGGUUUUGCAUCAGAGUAAAAUAAAAUAAACCCAUCACAUUUGGAACAUAA